AUGAGCGCAUUUGUGCGAGUGUCUGGCCGUCCAAACACAAACUUUCUGGUCGGAUACCCGGGAAUCUCUGCUACUCUGCCUCGUAUUGAAGGAACGGUCGAAAUACGUCCUGGCGUCGGCAUAUCAAGUCCAGUCAAUAUCUCCAUCGUUACCAUCGCUCUCCAGAGGCGAGAGAGCAUCCAUCCUCAUGCUGACUCGGUGGCCAAGAAACAUCUGGCGGCGCCCAGGAAGGAGUCAACAGAGACGGUAGGGAAGGAAAUGUUAUUGUUCCGAUGUCCGGCAAACAGAGAAUAUGAAGAGAUAAUGUACAUGGAUUUACCUUUUGUGAUAUUCAUCCCAUUUGGUCGCGGAGGACAAGAGACUGCCAGGAGAGUACCGCCGGCAAGCUUACAACUACCUCGGAGAACCGCCGAAACAUACUAUGAAAUGGUGGUCACUGUGGGAUAUGGGUCUGGAGAUCGCAAGCAAUAUGCCUUUCCCGUCCCAAUUUCCCGAUAUGACACGCUUUCUACGUUUGGGAUGUAUAAUCGUCCCGAGGCAGCAGAACGGGUAUCGGAUCAUUUGGUGACACUAGGUAUUUCUCUGCCACGAUGGUCAUAUGGGCCUCUUGAUCCGGUUACCGUGUACAUCAAGCUGUCGCCCAACCCGGAUUGGUUGAGCAAAGCACAAAAGGUGACAAUUAAAAAGAUCGAAAUCGGGAUUGAUGAGGAGGUCAUUUACAACCACGAAGGCGACGAACCGCUCACGAAAUCAAAGAGCCUGGUUAAGAAGACGGAGAAUGUGGGUGUGAAAAUGCCCGAAGCAGGCUAUUUUACGAAUCUAGGCCUGGUCUUCCCAUCGAAUGAUCUUCGCGAUGCAGAGGGCAUUAUGCCCCGUGGCAAGGCACCGUUCCCAACAUAUGCGGUUACAGGCUUUACAACAACGGCAGGUUUGUACAAGGUCCAAUACUACCUGACCAUUAAGGCCUCAAUGAGUGGUGCGAAGGACAUCAUCCUGAAACAGCCAAUCGUGGUAUGCCCUCUCGAUCAUGCAGCAUGCAAAGCUGAAAUGGAAGCCAUCGAACAGGCCGCGCGCGAUGCCUCCCAUGUAAACGCAGACAAUCCAAUGUUACCCCUCGCCACUAUCGUACGGGCUUCUGAUCCCAAUGCGAUGAGUUGCCUUGGGGUUGCGCUCGUCGGUUCUGUAAAGAAACCAUUAAUUGAAUAA